AUGGUCCACAUACAGCAAACUUCCGUGGAUGUCCUGCAUACAAAAAAAAUCGUAAACAUCCAAACUGCCAAGCAAACCACUCCCAAGGAACUUCCAAAAGAUCAACUCUCCGCAACUCAUACGACUACACCAGAUAAUUCUAUCUCCUUACCCAAACCGGGUCCUAAGCAUCUAGACUACGCAAGUGCCACCAAGAACAAGCAUACUAUUAACAACGAAAAAGUCGUAACCCUUCUGUCAGAGCUUCUCACGGCUAUCUCUUCGGCGGAAGACCCCAAAGCAGUUAUCUCCUUAACAAUAAAAUCCUUUAUAUCUCUCUUAACCAAUAACAAUGAAUAA